AGAAUGCGUGGCUACGGUAUCUCAGUGCUGCCAUUAACGGCUGGUUGUCGAAAGGAUAUCGAAAAUUUGCUGAAAAUGUACAAAGAAAAAAAAACAUUGCGAUAUGAACCAUUCAUCGAUUUAUUCGAAAGAUCUAAAUUCUUUACAAUAUUCACUGGUCGCAUGAGCCCUGCAGAUCUUUUUGAAGUAUGCUUCCAUUUUGAACGAUUAUUCGGCAUAUAUCUAACUUACACCUUAUAUUUCGUGCAACCUGAUAGUUAUGUAGCUCAAGUGCGGAUCACUCCUAAUCAGAUGACUGAUCUGAUUUGUUUUCUCAAUGAGCGUUUGAUUCCGGAAUAUCAUGUUGAUGCUUUUGUUGCUCUUUUCAAGUUGGUCAAUGGAGGAGCAUUUCGUUUAUACGCUUUUGAGAAGGAGCACAAUCCACUGCUCCAUCGUAGCUUUGAUUUGCUUGAGCAAGACUGCAGUGAUUCCGAUGAAACAGAAAUGGAAGAAUAUAGUAUCCUAAAAGGGCUCAGAGAUGAUGUCAUUUUAGCUCAGGCAAACAUUAUCUGUAAUAGGUUUGCCUUUUAUAUUGUAUUUUAUUCUAGAAUCUUUUUUUAUGUGGUUUGGAAUAGGAUGCUGUUCAUAAAAAAAGUUUCCAUGAUUAAUCAGUUCAAUGCAUAG